GGCAGCCCCGGGCCGUGCGUGGGGCCCUCAGCGGCGGCGUGCCCGGAAGUGACGCCCUGGUCGCUCCGCCCCCCUCUUCCCUCCCGCGGCGGUCGCAGCUUUCGGCGCGCCGUGCCCAUGGCGGAGAACGACGUCGACAACGAACUGUUGGACUAUGAGGACGAUGAGGUGGAGAACGCGGGGGGCACGGAGGGGGCAGAGGUGCCCCCCAAGAAGGACGUGAAGGGCUCCUACGUCUCCAUCCACAGCUCAGGCUUCAGAGACUUCCUGCUCAAGCCUGAGCUGCUCAGGGCCAUUGUGGACUGCGGCUUCGAGCACCCCUCUGAAGUGCAGCACGAGUGCAUCCCCCAGGCCAUCCUGGGCAUGGAUGUUCUGUGCCAGGCCAAGUCUGGCAUGGGCAAGACUGCAGUGUUUGUGCUGGCAACGCUGCAGCAGCUGGAGCCUGUCACGGGCCAGGUGUCGGUGCUGGUGAUGUGCCACACGCGGGAGCUGGCGUUCCAGAUCAGCAAGGAGUACGAGAGGUUCUCCAAGUACAUGCCCAGCGUCAAGGUGGCAGUGUUUUUUGGGGGCCUGUCCAUCAAGAAGGACGAGGAGGUGCUGAAGAAGAACUGCCCCCACAUUGUGGUGGGCACCCCCGGGCGCAUCCUGGCCCUGGCACGCAACAAGAGCCUCAACUUGAAGCACAUCAAACAUUUCAUCCUGGACGAGUGUGACAAGAUGCUGGAGCAGCUGGACAUGCGCCGGGACGUGCAGGAGAUCUUCCGGCUGACGCCGCACGAGAAGCAGGUGAUGAUGUUCAGCGCCACCCUGGGCAGGGACAUUCGUCCUGUCUGCAGGAAGUUCAUGCAGGACCCCAUGGAGAUCUUCGUGGACGACGAGACCAAGCUGACGCUGCACGGCCUGCAGCAGUACUAUGUGAAGCUGAAGGACAACGAGAAGAACAGGAAGCUCUUCGACCUGCUCGACGUGCUCGAGUUCAACCAGGUGGUGAUCUUCGUCAAGUCGGUGCAGCGCUGCAUAGCCCUGGCACAGCUGCUGGUGGAGCAGAACUUCCCUGCCAUUGCCAUCCACAGGGGCAUGCCCCAGGAGGAGAGGCUCUCCCGGUACCAGCAGUUCAAGGACUUCCAGCGGCGCAUCCUGGUGGCCACCAACCUGUUCGGGCGGGGCAUGGACAUCGAGAGGGUGAACAUUGCCUUCAACUACGACAUGCCCGAGGACUCCGACACCUACCUGCACAGGGUGGCACGGGCCGGGCGCUUUGGCACCAAGGGCUUGGCCAUCACCUUCGUGUCGGACGAGAACGACGCCAAGAUCCUGAACGAUGUCCAGGACCGCUUCGAGGUGAACAUCAGCGAGCUGCCCGACGAGAUCGACAUCUCCUCCUACAUUGAGCAAACCCGAUAAGGCCCCACCCAGGACCCUCCAGGCUCCGCCUCCUCCUGUCUGGCUCUGCCCUCUCGACUCCACCUCCCGUCCCCAGGCCCCGCCCCCAGCCCUGGUGGGGCCUGCCGAGGCUCCGCCCCCCGGGGGGGGUUUUGUAGAAAAAGACAACCAAAAAAAAUUUAAAAAAAAAAGAAAAAGGAAAAAAAACGGAGGGGGAGGGGCAGGGCCGGGGGCAACCAAUCGGCUUCGAGGACCCCCCCCCGGGGGAGCUCCCCCUCCCCAGGACCUCCCCCCCGGCUGUAAAAUUUUUGUGUUUUGGUAAAAUAAAAACGAAGGAAAAAAAAACCCAAA